CAAUCAGGUACCACGUUGCUUCGCGUUUGGGAAAAACAAUGUGCCUAUUGAUAUCGGCAACACCUCCUAAAGCUGGGCUUAGGCCCAUGACGUUACCUGUAAUAAAAUGUUUCCAUUUCAGAUAUAAAGUCCCACCAAUUUUUCUGUCCUCUUUUUUUUCCCUUGUUUAUUGAUCACAAACGCUAGGUACAACUAGCAUGCCCGACUCCAUGGCAGCGAGGAAAUUGCCUCAGAUGAUUAAUCCGUCAUUUCCAACAGUACGAGAAAGACCUCGAACUUUUUCAAAACCUUUACCACCUUUACCAGCUUCAAACUAUGUAUCUGUGGUCGACACGAACCAACAGCGCGGGCAUAUUUUUCGGACUUCCACCGCAGCACUUCUCUUACCUUUGGAUUCCCGCUGCAUAGACCAUGCGAGCACUGUCAUGCUACGUUCGCUGGAACAACUGCAUUUGCCGAAACAUCCUUGGGAGCGUAUUUUAUCGAAUAUUCUGGGAUCCAUUACCAGUCAGUAUCCUCAUGUGAUCGGACUUGUGGACACACCGCAUCUAGAGAAAUUUAGACAAAACGAAAGUUCUGAUAACGGAAAAGCUGAUGACCAUCAUAAGGUCAAAAGACAGACUAUCUAUUGUAUAUGUAUCGAUAUAGACACAACCGGUCAACCGUCAACCUCGAGUUUUAUCCCUGACCAAUUUCUCGGGCGCCCUCUAUUACAGUUGCCGAAGCAAUAUGGCAGUGAACUUGAUACUGAGGAUAACAAAUAUAACUUUAUUGGUGGUACUGUCCUGCUAAAAGGUGCGGAUGUGGCCGUUCUGGAGAAUGCAGCAGUAGUUUUAGGCAUUGUCAUGUUCGUGGUUUAUAACCUCACGCUGGAGAGCUGUGUGUUACGGGACCACCAAAUCACCAGACAGACAAGCAAUAAAAAAGCCAAGACUUCGAUACCUGCUAACAAAAUUACAAAGCCUAUUCCGCAAACACCCAGUAGUAAAGAGGAAAAGAAUCAAACGGCAACAGGUGGCGGAUUAUUUGGUUGGAUAAAGCCAUCAGCGAAAAGGAACAGCGUUCGCAAACUCAUCGACAGGUUCUCAGGAGAGAAGAGCAAGGCAAGUGAGAGUAAUACGACAACUUCAGUAAAUAAACGAAACAGUGCUCGGAUAGCACCGGUAGAGGAUGCUCGACCAUUUAUGGAGUCUAGUCGCCUCACAAACGAUAAACUUCAGUUGUCUGAUUUCUUCAGCAGUAGACAGCUCAGGGCCUCUCAAAGUUUCCUGAGUGAACUAGGGAUCUCUGAAUCAGAGAUGCACCACUUUUCCAAUGUGCUAAAAUCGAUAAACCAGGCAGUGCUAUCCUCCUCGCCAGGCAUUGUUUAUCCUCCACCAAGGCUCAUAGUACGUUUGCAUGAAGACGAGGAAGCCAUCAACGCUAUUGGGGCUGAUGCUUGGAUCAGCUUACGACCCAACAAUGCAGCGGUCAUUCGAACCUUAUCAGGCUUUAGAGCUAUGGAAUUGCAGCGCAUUGUUGGGAUUCCAGCAAGACAACGACUGUCGCGGAAAUCAACAUCACGAACUGGUGACACCUGGUCCACCACUUCGAAUGCUACAAGCACUACCUCCGUUCCUCAAUCUAUUACGGCAUAUUCGACACUCAGAAAUCCCAAAAUGACUGUAGAAACUGGCUUAGAAUUGAACUACCUCAACCUCAAGACCAAUGACAUUCACAGUAUCAUGAAUCAUCAAAGUUUGGCGGUCAGCUUCUCUAGUUUUACUUCCAAAGAAACCAUGGUUAGGUGUGAAGGCCCCACUAUAUAUGCAAUAGACUUUUAUCGAUAUUCUUCACAUUACCAUCCUACUGGCGAUAAAACCCUCGGAGAAGUAAUCAUGAACUGGUGUAACGAGGCACAACAACCACCAUUGAUUAACAAAGCAUCGCAAUCUACCUUCCGAACAAGCGCGUCCACCAGCGAUUUCAAAUCUUCAGGAUCAAUUCCAGAGAAACCUUCGAAACCAAAUGGUGGCGGUUCAAAGAAGAAUGAGAACCAGGAUGCUGUGGAACAACAUAAUGGAUGUCCCAAAUGCCAUGGACCCAUUCAAGACCAUAUUUUCUCAUUUUGUCAUGGCUCAAGUCGUAUCAAUGUCACUAUUGGAAUGGAUCGAACACGUCGAAAUGACAAGGAUGAAGUUGUCGAAGAAAAAGAUGACUUUGGUGCUGAUCAUGACGAUAUGGGGGUCAUUAUGUGGACAGCCUGUAAGGUUUGCAAGGAGCAGCUCAAACCAUUGCCCAUGUCAUUACCCACGUACAAAUACUCAUUUGGAAAGUAUUUGGAGUUAUUAUUGUACGACAAAGAAUUUAUGCCUCCCAAGGCGAUGUGCGAGCAUUCUACUGACCGACACUCUGUUCUGCGCUGCUUUCAACACAAGGGUGUUAUUAUCCAGUUCGAUUAUGAAGAUAUUGAGCUCUUCGAAAUGCGAGUUCCGCGAUUGCAAGUUGUGCUCCCCGAGGAAGUAGGCGCAAUAGAAGACUCCGACAACAUCGAGCAUGGCAGCAGCGACGGAGCGGAACCACAACAAUUUGUAAAGGAUGUCGCCAUUGAAUUGAACGCGUGCGAGGAAUCUCUCUUCCAAGCUGAAGGCGAAGUGGAUUCCUUUUUUUCAGCGGUUGACCGUCACAUCAAAUUACUGCAAGAGUAUCUAGUUGCAGAGGAUAAAUUGGAACGACAAUCAGCUACGUUCUUUUUAGGUCAAAGCAAGGCACAAGGGCUUCGCUCGGAAUUGGACCAAUUGCAACUCUUGUUCAACCAAGAGAGGGAAAACCUACUUCGAGGACUGGAUAAACUCGUCGGCGAUGAGAUGAAUGACUUUAAUCGCUGGUUCUCCAUAAAGGUCAAAUCCAUCAUGGACAGCUUGUUGCUCUGGCAAGAGACGAACUGUCCGGAACUUGACAUUGAAUGCAUUUGGGAUCCUAUGCCAGACUGGAUGAAGUCCGAAACUGUUCACCUAUUUCCUGGUUCAUCGGUGCCUGUCCGCGAAGACGAACCCAGUUCCAUCAUCGCCCAUACACUGAGCUCAAAGGAUUAUCAAGAGGAGCUGGAACAAAAACCAAUUGUCACACGUUCGUUACAAUCUUCUUCCACUUCUUCAGCGGCCGCUUUGUUCACAGAAUCUCCGGAAUCCAAGACACCGGAAGAAAAAGCUAUAGGGGACAUGCCGAGUUCAGAAUCCAGCACCACAAGUACAAAGCAAAAGAAUGCCCCAGUUUAUCGGGAGCUUCUGCAUGGGUUCUACUCCACAGUAGGGAGAGAGACGGUGUCGAUUGGAAAUUCUCUUGCCACCGCACAUGCUCCAGCGUCGUUAAGAACAACAUUAUUGGAGACGAUUCGCGAUAUGAAUGUGACCGACCGGCUCGGAUCUCGCUUAACGAACUUUAAUCCAGCAGAAACCAACAAAAACGAUCGAGAUUUGGAGCUUUUGAGCCACAAACUGACAUUCACAAAUCAACAAAAUACAUCUCUGCCUACUGGUAUGGAUGACAGGGUACUCAAGUCUAUUGAGGCUGACGUUGCAAUGGGAAUGAAGGAUAUUUCUCGCAAAGUAUUGGAUGUCACCGCUGAUGUGUCUGGAACCUCGUCGGGAAAAAUACCAAAACGAUCCAAUUCUCUCAUUACAGAGGUGAAGGUUACAUCUGUGAUCAAUGAAACUGCUUCUCGUGUGCCACCUUCAGGACAACCUAGCUCGGUCAAGUCUAGUGAAACAGGAGGAGAGAGUAAAUCACAGGAGCCACUAUCUCCACAUAUCAAGCAUAAAUAUGUCCAUAAUGGUACACAAUUUUCAUGUACCGUCUACUUCGCUCGAGAAUUUGACGAAUUACGACAGAGAUGCGGUAUAGAAAAGUUAAUCAUACAGUCCCUGAGUCGAUGCGACAAUUGGUCCGCUUCAGGCGGCAAGAGCAAAAGUACAUUUUUCAAGACCAAAGACAAUCGACUGGUGCUGAAACAAAUGGUGUCGUCAUGGAACGUAGCUGAGAGAGACGCUUUGCUACGAUUUGCGCCAAAGUACUUUGCCUAUCUUAAACGCUCUGCUGGGGCGCCUUCUGUACUUGCAAAAAUAUUCGGCUUUUAUACCAUCAAGAUUCGAAAAUUGGCUGAAGAUAAGACGACCCUGAAGAUGGAUAUACUAGUUAUGGAACAUUUAUUCUAUGGUCAAAACAUUAGCCGGCGCUUUGAUCUAAAAGGUAUUCAGGGUCGACACGUUGAUGAAAUGAAGAAGUCGGCGGAACUCACCUUGUGGGAUGGGGACUGGGUAGAAGGAUUCCGAGCAACUUUAAUGGUACACGCGCAAUCGAAAGCCAUCAUCGAACAAGCUCUACAGAAUGACGCUACCUUUUUAUCCGAGUGCAACAUCAUGGACUACUCGCUACUAGUAGGCAUCGAUGAUGAGAAAAAGGAGAUGAUUGUGGGCAUUGUAGAUUUCAUUGGCACAUUUACGUGGUUCAAGAAGUUAGAGUCCACCAGCAAAUCUGCUCUGCAACCUCACAAGGAAGUCACAGUGUUAUCGCCAAACAAAUACAAGACGCGGUUCUGUGAAACCAUCUUGGACUACUUCCUAGGCAUUCCAGAUAAAUGGCUACGGCUGCCCAAAGCGACGAAUGGAGGAGUUUCUAGAAAGCAAAUGCAGCAAAGAAAGACUUGGUCAUGGUGGUUUAUAGAAGAUGACAUGGUAGAAGAAUGGAAUGGAUUGGUUCCACUACCGUAUUCACUUGUGUAGCAUAAAGUAGCUUGUUAAACGGUUGCAGGCGGAGUCUAGCAUGGUUCCGCCGCCAAAAAAAAAAAAAAAAGCAGGAGUAAUUCUAGGGAUUUGCACGCGCCCACCGGCUGGUACGAGCCAUUUUUAUUAUUAU